AUGAUCUCUCCUCAGCCUCCUCCCUCUCCUCCGUUUCCUCUUCUUGGCAUCGCCGCUCUAAUUUUCACGUAUGUUGUGAUUUGCUACUUGGUUAUUGACUUCGUCGGUGAAGUUGAAGAAGACAUCAGCGAAACACCCUCAAGCAAGGAUGAAGAGUCUUCAGGCUUAUCCCUACAGGAGUUGCAGAAAGUCCCCUGUUUCAACUAUGGGGUAGGUAGAAGCUUGGUUUGUGCGGUCUGUUUGGAUGGUAUUGAGGAUGGCGAAAAGUGUAGGAUGUUUCCUGUUUGUUCCCAUGUGUAUCAUGCCUAUUGUAUUGAUCUUUGGCUAAUCAGGAAACUCUCAUGUCCUACUUGUCGUGCACCAUUGAACAUCACUGCUCGUUUACACAAUGUUUAA